AUGAACCACUUACGUUGUCAGAACACGCUUGUACCACCUGCCAUCUCUCCAUCGAUUGAUUCAGUACCCAUUGCUGGUGCUGGGUCCGGUUCUUCACAGUGCAACGUCAGCCAGCAAGUUGAUGGUGAGGGGGUGAGAGGAGAUGUUGGGGGAAGUGGUGCGGGUCGGUUGCCUUCAUUCAAGCCUCAAAGCGAUCCAAAUUUCUAUUGGGCAGACAAGGAUGGACAUCAAGUAGUUGCUGAAAUAAAUAACAUCUACAAAGAGGUCGUCUUUUGGAAGAAGAAUAUAUUUCUACCACCAUCAGGUAAAGCUGGUAACGAAUUCAUACAGGAAAUGUCUCGUUUGUUACAAGCGUAUGCUGAUGCUACUCCAUUGGAAAGCAUUGCGUUAAAGGCUUUUGUUGUUAUGCAAGUACUUAUCUUGCAGAAGCCUCAUGCACGUUCUAAAUCCAAAGAUCAUGUGCAAUGUGUCCAGAGACGACUAGAAUUGUGGCAUUCUGGUAGAUUUGAUGAGUUGGUGAGAGAAGGAAGGACACUGCAAUGUCGCCUUCCUCCUGGUCAGAAAGUUGUCUCAGAUGAUCAAAUAGCCAGAAUUUUCACGCGCUUAAUGAUCCAGGGGAAGACGAAUGCUGCCCUUCGAUACCUAUCUGCCAAUUCAAGAUGUAGUGUUCUGUCCCUUGAUGCCAUUGUUGAAGAAAAUGGGUCUACAGUCAAGGAUUUACUAAAGCUCAAGCAUCCUCAUUCCCAACUUCCUUGUCUUUCUGGUCUCCUCAAGGGUCCUAUUGAAGUGAAGUCAUCAGUGAUCUUUGACAGUAUUGAUGGUGUUGCCAUUCGAUCUGCGGCUCUAAGAACACAGGGAGCCGGAGGUCCAUCUGGGGUUGAUUCCACAGCGUGGCGUCGUUUUUGCUGCUCAUUUAAAAAGUCAUCGUCUGAUCUAUGUAAUUCUCUUGCAGCUGUUGCGAGACGUCUGUGUUCAGAUCUUGUGGACCCUCGUGCAAUUCAAGCUUUCGUUGCCUGUCGCCUAAUCCCUAUCGAUAAAUGUCCUGGUCUAAGGCCAAUAGGAAUAGGGGAAACAUUUCGAAGAAUUGUUGCAAAGUCAAUAAUGAAAGUCGUGAAAGGUGAUGUUUGUGACGCUGCUGGAUGUUUGCAACUUUGUGCUGGCCAAGAAGGUGGAUCGGAAGCUGCUAUUCGUGCAAUGCGUACAAUUUUUGAUAGUGAGGAAAGCGACUGUGUGCUGUUAGUUGAUGCGUCAAAUGCGUUCAAUGCUCUGAAUCGACGGGCUGCUCUCCAUAACAUUCGAAUCCUAUGCCCAACAAUUGCUACUGCUCUCAUCAACACGUACAGGGAUUCAAUCUCCUUGUUUGUAAUUGGUGGUGACAUCAUUGCAUCUUUGGAAGGAACAACACAAGGAGAUCCCCUUGCCAUGUCAAUGUAUGCAUUGGGUAUCUUGCCUCUGAUAAAUCGAAUUGCUGGUUUAUGCAAACAGGUGUGGUUCGCUGAUGAUGCAACUGGUUCAGGAAAGUUAAAGAAUGUUCGUCAAUGGUGGAGUGCAAUCGUUGAACACGGUCCAACCUUUGGUUACCAUCCAAAUGCCACGAAGACCUGGUUAAUUGUAAAAGAGAAUUUGAUGGAAGAAGGAAGGAAGGUGUUCUGUGAUACCAGUGUAAACAUAACAAAUUCAGGAAAACGGCACCUGGGUGCGGCACUAGGUGACACAUCUUUUGUCAACGAAUAUGUUGGUUGCAAAGUCCAGGAUUGGGUUCAACAAAUUGAGUCUCUUUCAGCCAUUGCUUGUACAAAUCCUCAUGUCGCCUACUCAGCCUUUGUCCAGGGCCUAGUUCAUAAAUGGUCAUACCUUUUCCGCACUGUCCCUGAUAUUGCGUCUGUUGUGAAACCUUUGGAAGAUGCCAUUUGUCAUCGAUUUUUGCCUGCUCUGACUGGACAGUCUGUGUUUGGGAUGGAAAUGAGAGAAGCUCUUUCUCUUCCUUGCAAUCUUGGGGGUCUAAACAUUUCUAACCCGACCAAAAUGUCUGAUAUUUCUUUUCGUGCUUCGCAACAUAUCACUGCACCCCUUGUGCACUCGAUUGUUGCUCAAGAACAGCUAUACACUAUAUCGUCUGCUGACAUGAUAACAAGGAAAAGCGAGAUGAAAUCGCAGAGGCGAAACUUCAAUCGCCAGCUUUUGGAUUCGCUCAAAGACAAUGCAUCCUCUUCUUUGGCUAGAUCGUUUGAAUUAGCCUCAGAGAAGGGUGCAUCAAGUUGGCUUACAGUACAUCCAAUUGAAGAACACGGCUUUCACCUGUCUAAGGGUGACUUCAGGGAUGCACUAUGCUUAAGGUAUGGUUGGAAACUAUCUGAUAUUCCUUAUCAAUGUGAAUGUGGUGAAUCAUUUAACAUCGAUCACUCCAUGGUAUGUAAGAAAGGGGGAUUCCCGACCCUAAGACAUAAUGAAGUCAGAGACAUAACAGCUGAUUUACUACGAGAAGUCUGUCAUGAUGUUGUUACUGAGCCUACCUUGCAACCGCUAUCAGGUGAAAGUUUUAGUUAUUCUACUGCCAACGUAAUGCCGGAGGCUAGAGCGGAUAUCUCUGCUCGUGGCGUGUGGAGGGCUGGAGAAAGAGCAUUCUUCGAUGUAAGGGUAUUCUACCCAAACGCUCCAUCCAGCUUGAAACACCCCAACUUAGAAUCUGCUUUUAGAGUGCAUGAGAAUGAGAAGAAACGUCAGUAUGGUGAGCGAAUACGAGAAAUUGAACACGGAUCUUUUACUCCACUUGUCUUCAGUUCGACAGGAAGCACAGGUCGAGAGGCUACUACGUUCUAUAAGCGCCUUGCAAGUCUCCAUGCAGCAAAAUCGGGUGAACACUACAGCAAAGUUAUGCAGUUGAUAAGAUGCAGGCUUUCUUUUGCUCUUCUACGAUCAAGCAUCUUAUGCAUUCGUGGAACACGAUCCAGUUUCUAUAGACCUAUCAAAGUGGACUUGUUGGGACUCAUUGAAAGUGAGGCCCAUCUAGAUGAGUAGAUGUUGACUAUAGCUUAUCUUGAUAGUUUAGGCAUAAUAACGUAAAGUAGUAACUGUCUCUUAGUGGUAACCAUCUUUAGUUGUUUGUUUUGCUGCGUGGGUGUUAUCUGUCAGCUGCUAAUAUUUGGUGUUUUGGCUUUUUGAAAUAUACUACUACU